AUGCCCAGUUUGCGGAAGCUGGUGCGUCCCACGGAUUGGGAGACCUUGCGCUCCCUCGUGUGCCGUUCCGUGGUGCCCACUGGAGCGGACGAGGACGCGUCGCCCGUGCCGCUGAAUGGAAUGACAUUGCAGCUACCAGGACAUACGGGAGGCUUGCAAGCGCUGAGGAAGCUUCUUUUUGUGGCUUCUGUACAUCCCAUUCGUGCCAGCCAGAAGGUCUGGCUGUUUCUCAGCAACUUUAAACCUCAGAAGCGACCAAGAUCCCUGCCAGCUUUGGACGGCAUCCAAGAAACCACUGCGACCAGUGAGACCAUUUUGCGAGAUCGAGUCGACCAUGUCACAACUCUAGCCAUCUUCAAAGAGCAAAGAUUGGUUGAGAAUGGCCGGGGGCAUCUCUACUACUCCGUUCUCGGGGAAUCGAUUCUAAACGAUGCGGUGGCCAUCACCCUCUUCGGCAGCUUUACCGACUUGGUGAAAUCUGGAGAGGUCGUGGAUGGCCCCGUAGCCUUGAGGAUUCUAUUGGACUUUUGUGGCGUCUUCCUGGCUUCCACGUUGAUGGGCGUGGCAGGCGGUCUGGCCACCGCGUUUCUGCUGAAGACGGCGCGACUGGGUGCUGGAGCUUGUGAAGGUGAACAUUUCUUUUUUAAUGUCCCAGAGAUUGGAGUCGCCUUGGUCUUGGCAUAUGUGCCUUUCUUGGCCGCGGAGGCCUGCAAUUUGUCGGGCAUCGUGGCCAUCAUGUUUGCAGGCAUCACCACGCGACAUUACGCCCAUUUCAACCUCACUCAGGUGACGCGUCAGAUUUUCCUCCCGACGAUCGAGCUGAUCGCCUCGCUUUGCGAGACUUAUGUCUUCAUCCUCUUGGGCCUUGGAGUCUUUCUCAUGAAGCGCGCCUACUCCUUCCCGUUGGUGGCCUGGACGCUUCUUCUUUGCCUCCUAGGUCGGGCUUUGAACGUCUACCCGCUGGCUCUGCUGACCAACCGGCUCUCUUCGGGACCCACGAUGUCGGUGAAGGAGAUGCAUAUGGUUUGGUUUGCAGGGCUUCGGGGGGUCAUCGCCUUCAUUUGCGCCUUGAGUUUUCCUAAGCAGGAAGAUCAUCAGGACUACUUGCUGUGCACGACCGUGAUCCUCGUGGGUGCGUCCUUGGUCUUCAUGGGUUGGCCCACCACCGGUCUCCUGCGGUGCCUCAAGCUGGACGCAGCCUCCGAAGCGCAGGAGCCCCUCGCGGCCCGCGCGCCCCGGGUCUCCUGGGCCACCAUGCCGGGGAGCCGCGCGGUGCGAAGAGCAUCUCAGAGGUUAAAAAAGCUGCUGAUGACGCAAGAUGCGGUGGUUGAAGAGGAGAUGAACGAAUUCGAGGAGAGCAACGGUGGCACGGGUGCCGCGCCGUCCGCUGCACCGAUGGGCUGCAUGGGCCUAGGUAGUUUUGACGCUGCUGCCAGUAACCGCGGCGCCCGGUGGUCAGCUCCAGGAGUACUAGGCUCCAGUGCCGAGCGCACGAGCCGAGCCAUCGGCAGCCAGCGGCGGCCGAAAUGCCUGGAGAAUGAGGCUUCUCCAAACACUAAGUUGACGCGAAGUCGAGAGCUGGAGGCUUCUCUUAACAGUAAGUCGGUAAGUCCUUUGAGUUUGCCCUCUUAG